AUGAUGAUGACAGAGGUGAGCACCGCAUCUUCUCACCCUGCUGGUGAAGUGAGGAAAAUGAACAGAAUUGUGGAUCUGACAUUCAAUUUGCAAGAAAGAAUGCUGCUAACAUCUAUUCCAAUCUGUGCCGUGGGACUGAUUGGGAAUGGAGCUAUCUUUUGGCUUCUCUGCUGCAAGGUCAAGAUUAAGUUAAGCCUGUAUUUCUUUAGUGUGACCGUUGCAAAUCUCCUUAUCAUCUUCUGCAACUUUGUCAUUAUCAUUUUAUAUUUUGCACAAAUCACUCCCCGUUUAAUAUUCCAACGUGUAAUGCAGAUUCUGCACAUAUGUGGCUAUGACACCAGCUUCUACAUGUUCACAGGUGUUGCUGUGGAAAGGUGCUGUUCUAUCUAUUUUCCAGACUGGUACCGAUCACACAGGCCCAAUAAUUUCUCACACUUCGGAGUUAGUAUACUGUGGGGUCUGUCCUUUAUGGUAUCGUUUGUGGAUUACUAUGCCUGCUUUCCUAGAUUCCAAAUAAAUUUUCACGUCUUUUUUGUGGCUUGUCGGACAUCAACAAUAAUGGAAAUAAUCAUUGAGUUGAUUAUCUUUUUUCCAAUCAUAUUCAGUUGCACCUUGGCCAUAUGGAUCAGGAUACCGAAAAGAAAAGAGGGAACUCUUCGAGCUAGGCUUGAUAUCACCAUUGUGGCCAUGGUUCUACUAUUUCUUAUACUUAACGCACCACUUAGAAUUGCUCAUAUCCUGACCUUUUGGAUUCACAAAAUAGAUACGUAUAUGUUGCAGAACAUUUCUCUCCUUAUGGAUUCUCUCAAUAGUACUUGCAACCCUUUAGUAUACUUCUUUGUUGGAAACUGGGAGUGGCAGAAAUCCUCAGCACCCAUCCAUGCAUUUCUUGAGAAAGCUUUGAAGGCUGAAGAAAGCAAACCAGAGGGAACAGAAAGAGGCCAAGCACAGGCCUGA